AUGAGCCACUUGAAGCCUCCUGCCUUACUGGUGCUGCUCAGUGCAGUUCUGUGUUCAGCUCUGCCCAGAUUCAUUACAAGGGAACAAUUCAGUGCUAAUGACUGGAACCGCUGUCUGCAAUACCUAAGCAGGUUUUACAACAUGAACACUGGAGAAGCCACUUUAAGCAGUAAUGGUAAUCUCUUAGAUGGAAAGAUUAAAGAAAUGCAAAAUUUCUUUGGUCUCCAAGUGACUGGGAGCCUCAACCACCAGACCUUGGAAAUGAUGGAAAUGCCUCGUUGUGGUUACCCUGAUGUUGAAGAAUACAGUCAUUUUCCAGGACGCCCAAGGUGGCCCAGUAACACAAUAACCUACAGAAUUCUGAGCUAUACGUGGGAGCUGAGGAGGGAAGAAGUGGAUCAAGUUAUUUCCAUGGCAUUUAAAGUGUGGAGUGAUGUUACUCCUUUACGUUUUGUCAGACAGACCUCUGGACAGGCUGAUAUCAUGAUAAUGUUCGCAUCUGGCUAUCACGGUGACUAUGACUCAUUUGAUGGGAGGGGUGGAAUUCUGGCUCAUGCUUAUGCUCCUGGACGUGGUAUCGGAGGUGAUGCACACUUUGAUGAAGAUGAACAGUGGACACUGUCCAGAUAUGGGAUCAACUUGUUCCUUGUUGCGGCACAUGAAUUUGGUCAUGCUCUGGGACUCGGCCACUCAAGUGAUAGAUCAGCUUUGAUGUUUCCCACCUAUCAGUAUGUGAAUGUGAAUGGAUACAGACUUCCAGCUGAUGAUGUUCGAGGCAUCCAGUCAAUUUACGGUAAGUUAAAACGGACCACACCAUCUCCGCCAAAGAACCCCAAUGAUAAAUGUGAUCCGAACUUGUCAUUUGAUGCAGUUACUAGUCUGCGUGGAGAAUUUUGGUUUUUUACAAAUGGGAUUUUUUGGCGUAAACAUUUUCGAACGAGAGAUGUGUCAUCGGUCUCCAUCAGUUACCUCAUUCCAAACAUCCCGUCGAUUGAUGCUGCGGUUGAAUUUCAGGAUGAAGAUGUGAUUGUUCUUUUCAGAGGAUCUCAAUAUUGGAAAAUCAGGGGAUUCCAGAUGUUGCCAGGCUUCCCUCAGAAUAUUCUUUCUCUUGGAUUUCCAAUAUCGGUAACUCAGAUCGAUGCUGCAUUAUAUAUGAGGAACGAGAAUAAGGCACUAUUCUUUGUGGGAGAGCAGUACUGGAGCUAUGAUGUGACCACCGGUUACAUGGAGGAGGGCUACCCAAGGAGAAUAGCAGAUACGUUUCCUGGAAUUGAUGAUAAAGUGGAGUCAGCAUUUAGCCACAAUGGCUUCCUUUACUUCUCUAAUGGAGCAACACAAUUUAAAUAUGACAACAGGGAAAAACAAAUUAUCCAUGUUUUCAGAUCAAAUGUUUGGUUAAAUUGUAAAUAG